ACUAAUCAGCCUGAUUGCCAAACAGCAAGAAAAUAUGAUAAGUAUAAGAUUGAUAACUCCUCAAUUAGUAUUAAUAAAAUUGAAAAUUCAACAGUAGAUAUCCAAGGAGUUGUUUUGAAAAUAAAAAUAAUUAAUAAUGUCUCAGAUUAUAAUAACAGACCAGUAAAAAAG